CCCUUUUCUCCUCUGGAUAUAACAUCAUAAGAACCCUGAGAAUAAAAUGCAAGAGGAAAAAUGGCAGAAAUAAAACACUUUAAUUGAGAAGUAUUACCACACUAAAUUUUCUUCAGACACUUGAGAUUCUUACAUGUGUAGCUUAAUUCAUUCUUUAUUGAACAUCUAUUACACUUUAGAAAUUGUUCCAGGCACUGUGAGACAGCAGUGAACAAAAUGGACAGACACCGCUAUGCUUCUGAAGCUCAUAUUCCAGAAUGGAUAUAGAUCACCUCCACAUUUCACACCCGCUUCAGAAGCUGGGGGAAAAUGAGACACAUUAAAUAGAAGGAAAAAGGCAAUCAGUCAGCAAGUUGAUGUUUAUCAAGUGGCCAACGAAUACAGACGGGCAGUAUUAAGUCUGGGGUUGGAAGGGCUCCCCAAGUGCUGCUCUGAUCCCUGAGAUGCUGGUUUGGGCUUUUCCCGAUCCAGGCUGAGCUGUGCGCCCCGCACUGCUCGACAGCUGCGUGAGUCGUUCCGGCAGGAGCGGUUUGUCCCGUCUGGCCGGGAGGCGCGAUCACUGCGGGUCCAGAUGCCCAGGCUCUGAGGACACUGGGCGAACGGGCGCCCGCGCUGGGGUUUAAAGCAGCGCUGCGCACCGGGCGGCGGAGCGCCGAGGGCCAAUCCCAAACCCACUUCCUCAAGACCCGCUGGUCCCAGGUCUCGGCGACGGUCGCCGUGAGCACCGGUGACUUUGGCUUUGGCUGCAAGUCUCCUGACUCACGUCACCAGCUUGACAGCCUCGCACCAAAUCAGAGGACGGCGCUCGCCGGGAGCCCCAGGCGUCACCGGGAGCUCCCGCAGAUUAGAACUCGCCUCUCCUAGCCCCUCCCCUCAGUCCCAUUUAAAACUCCCAUCGGCUUUCCUGAAAAAUUAAGAGUGGGCUCAGUUUCUGCAGCGCCUUCUUCCACUGCAAGAUGAACACCAUUCUGCCUUGCCAAGACCAGUACUUUGUAGGAGGCCAGAGCUAUAAUUGCCCGUAUUCCACUACAACGUCAGAAUCUAGUGUUGACGUUUCCACGGAGACUUGGGUCUCUUUCUGGGCUGCUGGUCUCCUGGACAACAGAGAGACCCAACAAGCACCACAGGCACAGGAAUCAUCCAGUGACUCAAAUUUCCCUAUUCCUAAUUCGUGUUCCUGGGAAGAGGCUCAGCUUUCCUCUCAGCUCUACAGAAACAAGCAGCUCCAAGAUACUCUGGUGCAGAAGGAAGAAGAACUUGCUAGGUUACAUGAAGAAAAUAAUCAUCUCAGACAAUACCUGAAUUCUGCUUUAGUAAAAUGUCUUGAGGAAAAGGCCAAGAAAUUGUUGUCAUCAGAUGAAUUCUCCAAAGCUUGCGGGAAAUUCAGAAAGGGGAAAAGGAAACCCAAAGAGCAAAGAUAUUUUCCUCCUGAGAUUCCCCAUCACAAAAAUGCCAAGCGAAACCUUUCGAGGGAAUUUGCUAACUGUGAAGACCAACCUGGGCCCCCAGUGGAUCCCUGGGUUCUUCGAACACUGGGAUUAAAAGAUCUCAAUACCAUUGAUGACACCUCAUCAGCUAACUACAGUGCCCUCUCGUCUCAUCCCAGACGGACCACCAGCUCAUUUCCCCAGUUUCUAGACCAUGCAAUUGAUUAUCCCAGAGCCCCUGGGGAAGAUCUGCCACUUGACUGUGGAGGUGAUGGAACUGCCUCCUCACACAGCACUGCCAGCCACAGGGAAAAUUUCCACUUCCUUUCUCAACCUUCAACCCCCCCAGGAGGGCUACAAACUCUUCCUUUCUAUGCUUCUGAUGUUUCCCCCAAUAAGACAGAGAUGGCCUUUUCCACAUCCCUGAGCCCUCACUGUAAUGUGAAAACUCACUCCUUCCACCAGGGACAAGCCUUUGUUCGUCGUGACGAAGAGGGAGGCUGGAAGUUUACCUGGGUCCCUAAGCAGUCUUAGUGGCCUUCUCUUCUACCACAAAAGGUUGCCAUGAACUCUGUUUACAAGAACCUCUUGCACUUGAACCUGAAUAUGUGGAAAAUGCAAGCAAUUGCCCAGAUUGUCUCCUGCCGCUUUAAAUGUCACUCUCACUUACCCACUUAAAUCUGCAGGGAAUGGCUUCCACGAAUCCAUAAUGAAACAUGCCUGCUCUUCUUUCCCCUAAAUUUGACUUGUUUAUACACCCACACCUGCUGUUAACUUCGUCCCUUGGCCCUAUACUUGAAAAGGUAUUUUCCAAUUGCCUGAAUAUUCCUUAGAGACCUACAUAUGCUCUUGCAAUUAUAAUGAGUCUAACAGCUUUUCUUCUUUCAUCAAGCAGUUUAAAUGUUCACAGCCUUCUCCCUUUCACUUUUAUUCCUCUCCUAUUCCUCUUCAUUUCUAAAAACUGCCUUUGAAAUGAGCAUUAUAAUUGCUCCAAGUACCUGUUAGUAAGUGUUCAAAUAACUGGGGGUGGGGUAGAAGCAAAUGUCUUUGUCCUUUGCUGUUCCAGAAGACGUAAAGUAGGUGUGAGGAAUGCUAUUUGUUGGGCACUUCAUUGGGUGUCCCAUGGUGGAGUUGACCAAAAAAAAAAAAUCUCUUCAACAGCUAUAACUAUACUCAACAGCUAUAACUAUACUCAUAAUUACUGAUACAUUAAAAGGUAAAAUGAAUUUAAAUUACUUCAAAAUUCCCACAUGGUAUACAGCUUCUAUAGGCAUGUGACACUGUGUUUGCAACAAACAUGACAAAAGAAGAACAUUUUUGAGGGACUAUUGGAAGCAGAAUAAAUCACUAUCUUUAACUACGUAGAUGCUGAUAAAUUUCUAUCCCUGAUGGUAUAGUAUAGUUUAGCUCUGAUGCUAUCUUGCUCAUUCAUUCAGUCAUUCAUAUAUUCAUUCUUUCAUGCAUCAACACACCAAAAAUAUUUGAAGAACACCAACAAUGUACCAGGCAUUGUGCUAUGAGGUGUUAAUAAAAUGGGAACAAACUUAGAUACUAUGGGAACCCUUAAGAGAUUUAGACUCAUUCAUCUGCUGACAGAAGUCAGACUAGAUAAUCACUAACAUUCUAUAAAUGAACCUUGGUGCCAUCAGAUUAACUCCAGUUCUGCCAUCCCAGGGCACCAUUCUCUACUUUGAUUGUCAUUGCAGAUAUGUUGGUUGAACUUUUUUAUAGUCAAUUUAAACAAAAUGUAAGCCAUUUGUAAUUAAUACUAGAAAUCAUUGCUCUGAUCACUGUAUUCUUUUUCUGGUAUGAACCCAUUUUCCAGGUUAAUUCAGUCUAUGUGAAAACAUGCAUCUAAAAGAAAAAGAGACAUUAUUUUUUAAACAUUUGUGCAUAGAUUUAAUGGAAAUAUUGACAUCAAAGAGUUCCCUUUCUAAAUUAAAAAAAAAUGUUUUCUUCCUGCUAUGCUAGUUCUCCUUUUUUUUCCAAUUCCCCAAUCUCCCUUUCCUUCUAUAAUUUAUUGAAGAUGUGUAGCUUUGAUUUUGGGGGGACCAAAUUUUAGUUGAUGAUAAAACCCACCAUGUUGAACCCCUUUCCCAUUUUUCUUUUUUCCACCUUUCAGUAAGAUAUCUUAUAUAAUCAGUGCCUGAGAGGUUGAGUAUUCUGUAUGGAAUUCUUUGUGACUAAGACAUGUCUUUUGUUGCUAUAUGGUUUUUGCUUUAUUUUGAUGAUAUGGACAAAUAAUAUAUCUUAUAAAGUUUUGUUGUUGUUACCACCCAGUUUUCUUCAUAAUCCAUGAAGGUGAAUCAAAUAUAUUAAUUAUUUUCAUUACUUAGGAAGAGAUAGAACUCACUCUAUUUUCUAAAAAUGAAAUCCAAAAAUUAAAAUUGCCUUUUACAUUCUACUAUCUGUUCCCCUGGUAUGGGUAAAAUUGAUCUCUUUUCAAUAACAAAUUUAAGAAUUAGAAUUGACUAUACUUUAGUCACUUGAUUUAAUAGAAAUCAAGAAAACAAAAUAAAUAUUUUGAAAGUCUAAAUGAUCAAGCUGUAAAACAAAAUUGAUUGGUCAAUAAAUAAUCAUUUUGCAUUUUUUUUUAAAGUGCUUUUUCAUGUGUUAAGCACUAGGAGGAAGCAUCCAGGCUUAGCACAUUUGGUACAUAAAGCAAAACCACAUAAUAUGUAAUAGAUUUUCAGUAAAACUUGGUCCUAGCCUUGUUAAAAGAAAUUAUAGCAUAUUUGUGGUAAAUGAGAACUUGCUCUGGUUUUUAUGGGAGAAAAUGAACACAUAUUUUCACAAUCCUAUCUGUAGGCCUUUGAUACUCUCUUGAAUUAUGUACAGAAAAUUAUUUUGCUGAUGUUUGGAAAAUUAGAAAUUUCCCUUACCUGAGUAUAUGUUCUAACAUUUAUGGUUUUACCAUAUCCAUCCAAUAAACCAGAGUUAAUAUUUUACUAAUAUAAAGUGAGAAAUAAAAAACAAAUAGCACUUUUGUGAUUAUGAUGAAUAUUUUUAUACUGUACAUUAACAGUUUCUAAUAAUGGAUUUUCUUCCCCUAGGUUUUGACCAUAAUCUUUUGAUUUGCACCACUUUUGUAUAAUACAUGUGGCCAGGCUAAUAUUUUCAGCAUUUAGGUUUCAUUGGUUAUUCCCAUUAUCCAGGAUACACUAAUGAGGGUUUCAGAUGUUAAGGGACUUAAAGGGUGAAAUGCUUUGUGUGUACAGCACUCUCUGCCCUAACCUCCCAUAAAAGUUAGAAUCCACUAUCAAUUUUUAAAAUUUGAUAACAUGUCCAAUGUCCUCUGAUCAUCUAAAAAUAAGUCAUACUUGUAUCUCACUAGUGUCUGGAAAAUAAAGGCAAUUGGAAAACCUCACUUAUGCAGGUGACAUUUAAUGAAUGGGAUUGUUUAUUGCUGCAGUGAUGCUAAACUAUAAUCUUGAAGAAAAGAAAUAAUGUGAAUCAUGGAAAGAAUUAUUCUGUUUGAUCUAUUUCAAGAAAACAAAAUUUUUAAGAAGUGUGACAAAUCAAUUCAACUGACCUACAAAAGUAUAGAGUUAAUGUAUCUGUGAUAAUUUUUCGAUAAAUUUACUUCUUGCCUGUAAAGUCAAUAUACACAAUUUACAUUUGUUUUAGUUUACCAAAAGAUUCACAUAAGGUAAAUAUUAAAUGCACCAUAAACAUUUUUAAUACCAAAUAAAAUUGGUUUACAAGCUUCAAAUAUAUGGUAUAUUUCUUAACAUAUUCGUCAUUUUUUUUUUUUGUCUUAUUUAGGGCUGCACCCAUGGCAUAUGGAGGCUUCCAGGCUAGGGGUCGAACUGGAGCUGUAGCUGCCGCCCUAUACCACAGCCACAGCACCGUGAGAUCCGAGCUGUGUCUGCGACCUACACCACAGGUAUUGAACCUGAAUCCUCACAGAUGCUAGUCAAGAUUCAUUUCUGCUGAGCCACGACGGGAACUCCCUGUCAUAUUUUUAUCUACAUUCUUUGUUACAUGACAUCCAUUGGAUGUAACAAGACAUCCAAUUUUCGUUCUUACACUGGAUAUUCUAUAAAUGUAAAAUAUAAUUUAACACUUAAUAUUUUAAAUGAUUAUGAUCUGUUUAUGAUUUGAAAUAUUUCUAAUUAUAUGUAAGAGUCAAUUUUGUAAUGAAUUUAUAUCUAAUAAAUACUUGACAAAAAC